AUGGCUAACGAUCCCGCAACAAAUCAAAAAAAUUCAAGAGAAUCUAUUGAAUCAUCUAAAACAGAUGAUACAAUACAUACAAAACGAUCAAAACGAAAUUUUUAUUUAUCAAUACGAUAUAUUUCAUCAAUUAAUUUAAUGCAAUUUGUUGAAAUUUUACCAUUAAAUCCUAUAAAUAAACCACAUCCUCGUUCAGGUCAUCGUGCUGUUGCUACGGCAUCUGAUUUUUGGAUAUGGGGUGGUUAUUAUCCAUCAACUACUAAUCCACAAGAAUGUAUGUUUAAUGAGCUUUGGCGUUUUAAUUAUGCACUUCGACAAUGGACACUUGAAAUACCAACAGGUGAAGGACCCAAUUUAACACUUGCUUCACAUUCAAUGUGUUUAUAUCGUAAUUUAGUAUUUGUUUUCGGUGGUACAGGAUAUCCAUUUGGUCAAAAUGUUUCUAAUGAAUUAUUUAUACUUGAUUUAAAACGAUGUCAUUGGACUCGAUGUCAAUUACGUAAUCAACAACCGGAACAAGUUUAUGGAGCUAGUAUGAUUAUAAAAAAUAAUCAUUUAUAUAUAUUAUGUGGUACAAAUCGAUGGAGUUAUAAUACAAAUGUAUAUGAUAUUUAUUUACCAACAUUAGAAUGUACACAAAUAGGAUAUACAUUUGAUGAAAUUGAAGAAUUUAAUGAAAAUGGAAGAUAUCGACAAGAAAUUUAUUUAUAUGAUAAUAAAAUAUUUUUAUUUGGUGGUGGUGGAAGUUCUGGUACAUCUUUCUCACUUGAAAAUUUACCAGCAUUUGAUCUUACGACACAAACAUGGUCAUUUGUUCAUACAAAUCCAGAUCCUAUGCAUAAUUUUCCUCAAGCAAGAAAAUUUCAUUCAAUAUUUCCUUUUCAUAAACAUCAAAUAAUUAUGUUUGGUGGUGCUUAUUUUGAUCAAACAACAGGUCAUCAUGUUUCUACAAGUGGAAAUUUAUGGAUAUUUAAUUUUGAAAAAUUAGAAUGGUCUAUGUUACAAUCAUUAAAUAUGAUAAAAUCAACUUAUUUUCAUGCUGCUGCAAUAAAUGAACGUGGUGAAAUUUGGUCACAUGGUGGUGUUAUACAAGAUUCAACUCGAAAUGAUCAUACUAAUGAAACACGAAUAACAACAUUGUAUAAAAUGCAUAGUCGUGUACUUAAUCUAAGUGAAAUAACUUGGAAUUAUUUUUUAAAUUGUCUUUCGGAUCGAACUAGUCUUGUAAAACAACCACAACUUAUGUUACAACUUCACAUUCCAGCACGAUUUAUCGAACGAAUUCAUUAA